CACAAAUACAAUGGCUGCGCCCAUGCCCAUGGACAUUUGUGGCGUCGGUGUAGGAGCCGGUUCUUUUACCUAUGAUGAACAGACGGAUCUCAAGCUUAAAGAGUUUGACCUGUUCACUAGCUCUCAUGAAGAAAGCAGGCAGGUGGCCCUACACCUGCACAGUGUUGGCUGCUGCCCCAGGUGUAUCCUGAGACUGCUGGGAGAGAGUCACCCAAGCUCUUACCGGGCAACACCGCAGGAUUUGGAAAGAAUUUUUCUGCCUAAGGAAAAGUGGAGCUCAUCAUCUGACACCCACACUAACCCGUGUUCCACUUGUCUUGGCAUCCUACAGCAGUAUGCAGACAAAAGUUUCUUCAAGAAGCUUGCAGGCAAAGUGAAGCAGGAAAACUUUGAGUUUCACGAUCACCAGUGUUCCCUCAUCUUGCCAGUGUCACUCAUUGUUAGACAGAAAGCUGCCUUUGUGGAUCUGAAAAGAAAGUUUGGAGAUAUUUAUGUUGGGAAAGAAGAGAGGAUAUCGUCUGUGAAGGAUGUGUGGAAGUGGGCGUGUGGUCCCCCGGUGGCAGAUCUACUUCAGUCAAAGUUUCAAAACAGGGCCAGUUUUGAUAUCCUAAUGACCUUCACCUAUGCAGAUUCUGAUAAAGAAUGUACUUUCCUGCUAGAUAUAUACCCAGACACUUUCUACAGACGUAAGCAGAGAAAGUUUGGUUUUGAGACGUUCACAAGGGCCAAUGUUGCUAACGCGCUGGCGUAUACGGAUAAUUCCAAGUUUGAGGACUGUUCUCCCUGCCCCCCACCCCUGCCCACUGUAGAAUGUGAGUGUACGGUCACCUGCAAUCAUGAGGCUGUGUUCAUUGCUGGUCGCUACCAGAAGUACAGUAGAGUGCUCAGCCAGACCCCCUGGGUGAUAGACGGAAAGCGAGCCAUGGAGGGAUCAGUUCAGGAACUUGUCUGUGAUCAGAUUCUGCAAACAUUCCGUCCGACGGAGCACCGAUUGUCCUCCUCUGGCAGAGAGGAUGUAGAUGUGAGGAUGUUGGGUCUGGGGAGGCCUUUUGUCGUGGAGCUGAUCAAUCCUCACUGCACCAGGUUCUCCGUGGAAGAGAUUGCAGCAUUACAGAAGAGAAUCAAUGCCUCAACAUCUGAUGUUCAAGUGCGCGAUCUCCAGACUGUAUCAAGGGUGGAAACAGAAAAACUGAAAGAAGGAGAGAUUGACAAAACAAAGAAAUACAGUGCAUUCUGCUGGUGUGAAAGAGAAUUGACAGAUGCUGACCUCGAAAAGCUUAGUGCCAUAAAGGACCUGACUCUUCAUCAGAAAACACCAUUACGAGUUCUCCACAGGCGCACGGCGGCCACACGGGACAGAGUGGUACACAGCAUGAGAGCAGAGAAGUUGUCGCCGAACAGGUUCAAACUUCAACUAACUACUCAAGCUGGAACAUACAUUAAAGAAUUUGUGCAUGGAGACUUUGGACGCACAAGUCCAAACAUGUCUGAGCUGCUGGGUGCUGAAUGUGACAUCACCGAUCUGGAUGUGGAGGCUGUAGAUGUGGACUGGCCUCCAUACAUCGAUCCUGUGCCAGCAGAGGACUCAGAGGACACGGCCAAGUCUCAAGCUGUCACGUCUGACACUGUCAACGCAGAACCUGUACCCGAUGCGACAGACUGUCGCCAGACACAAGACCCCUGUGGUGUAACAGCAACAUCUGACACUGUCAACGCAGCACCUGUACCCGAUGUGACAGACCGUCGCCAGACACAAGACCCCUGUGAUGUAAACACAGCGCCAGACAAGACCAUAGACUGUGAUGUUGUUGCAGCUAACACUAACUCUACUACACCACUCUGUGGGAGUGAGUAAUGUGCAAACAUUGGAGGAAACAAACCUUCUUCCUCCAUGUCAAGUUCCUGGACGAUGUCAGGCACAAAUUUGGGAUUAUCCAGGGAUCUGUUAAAAGUUUGUUUUAUGUUUUUAUUUAUGUACUCAAUAAAUGACAGAUGGAUAUAAUCUAA